CUCUUCUCGCGCUGCAAGCGACCGCUGUGGCUUCUUCCAGAGUGGCUGUACAAGUGCAUCGUGCAGCGCCUGGUGGUGGUCAUCUCCAGUAUCGAAAACAGUGAGGUUCUGGAGCGGUGGCAGUUUGACAUAGAGUGCGACAAAACCGCAAAGGAUGAGAGUGCACCACGAGAAAAAUCUCAGAAAGCUAUUCAGGAUGAAAUUCGAUCUGUUAUCAGACAAAUAACUGCCACAGUAACUUUUCUGCCACUGUUGGAAACUGCCUGUGCCUUUGACUUGCUGAUAUACACAGAUAAAGAUUUGGCAGUGCCAGAAAAGUGGGAAGAGUCAGGACCACAAUUCAUAGCCAAUUCGGAAGAAGUUCGUCUUCGUUCCUUCACUACUACAAUCCACAAAGUAAACAGUAUGGUGGCUUACAAAAAGGAUUCUGUUCCCUAAGAUGUGGCGGGGUUGUAUAUAUCCUUGUAUAGUUUCUGUUCAUAGUGCAGCUAAGUCAUGAACGCACCAUUACUGUCGCUCUUGCUGAAGUAUGAUACAGAAAAAAAGGCAACGUGUUUGCCUGUGAUAAUGUGGAACGCUAGACUAAGCUGGUGGUGUUUUUAAAGAGGUCUAAAUAAAGUAUUCAUAACAAUAGUUAAAUUCUUACUUAACUGUAUGAGCUAAACUAGUGGUGUGUUAAACUAUUGCAUUCACUAGAAAAACUGCCUAGAUCUAGGCUUAAUUACUAGAAUUGCAUCGGGAUCCUGUAAUUUAGUGUAUUAAGAUUAUCAUAAACUGCAUUCUAUUGGCAGGCUUAAGUUGUCUCUAGCACUAAAAAAACCCCAAACCCUCCACUCCUGACGCGUCAGUUCUUCAUGUUACAAGCCUGGGCUGUUUUAUUGUCAGAAACAAUCCUAAAAUGUAUUCUGAAGUUGCUUGUACCUCUUUAUAAUGAAAGCAGCUGUUUAUCAGGAAAAUCUUAAAUGUAUGAAGCCGUGUAUAUUAAUGACUGCUGGACUCUAAGUUCUGGGGAGGGAGGUGUUCUAACUCAGUGUAUGUCUCUAGUGUCUGUCAAACACUUUCUAUGUUUAUAUUCUUGUUUUACAGAAUAAAGGUUGAAACUGUAGAUUUCUCUAAUUCGGAGUCUGUUGUACUUCACAUUUUAGAUGGUUUUAUCUCAGUUUAUAACUGUCAUAGAACUAAUACCUUAAAGGCAUCCUCUACACUGUUACUUCAGCUGUUUCCUCUGAGUCUCAAAGCCACUGUUGGAGUCAAUAAAAAAUCCAUCCAAUAGUUUGCCCCCACUUAAGUCUUCAAAUAACAGUAUAAAUAGUCAGAGUGACCUAAUGAUGAAGCACAGUGCCUUUCCUCUUCAUUAAAUAGCAUAAGAUUCUUCCUGCAUUCCUGGCACACUUUUUGUACUGGAAGAAAGUAGAGAUUUAAAGCUGUGUUAAUAAAACGUUCAGGCUCUUCCAUGUUUUUGUUCAUUUCCUUCACCAAAUUCACUUCAGCCAGAGUAUUUAACUUUUCCCACUCUUCUAGAA